AUGGCGGAUAACACUAUCCUAUGGAUAAAUCGCUAUUCAGUGGAUAAUGGUCAACAGAACACACUGCGCUACCCAACGGAUAGCGAUUUAUCCAGUGGACAGCGUUACCAACACUUCCAACAACCGGGGACAGGUCUCUUACUGCUCGCGCAUAAUUACAACCCAGUCUCAAAGACAAAUGAGUUCGUUUGCCUUAAUGCCCAUGGUCGGAGAUUUCAGUGUGAAGGAGCAUGUGAGUUCGUACUAAAACAAAUUGAAGGUAGAGUGGGAACUGAUCGUGACUUCGAUUGUACGGUUACGUUUCAACAAGAAGGUCGUGAUGUGCAUACCAUGAAAGUGAUCCCUGAGUUUCAGUGUGAGGAGAGGCCGGGGCCGGUAAAUGAUUCACGUCAAAAUUCCACAGAGACUGGUGAUCUGCAGGUGACACCAACAGCUCAAAGACACUUUAAUGGUGCAGCUGGAGGUUCGAGGUCCUCAGCUCCAGAAGAAGGAGACUGGGGCAACUUUGACGAAAAAUCGAGAACUCCUUCAGAAUCAGUUGGUGCAUGUAAAAGUCCUUCAAGUGGCGAGAGUUCUUCUGUCUCCCCGCAACUUGUUGAUGACGACCAUCCAGUGACCGAAAAGAUAUGCUGUCAUAUCAGCCAUAAAGUUGGAAGUUCUUGGAAAAAUCUCCUGCGGGAACUCGACUUGAACUCAGCAACCAUUGAACAAUUAAUAGCGAACUUUAAUAAGGAUGGAGUGGCUGAAGUUUGUUACCAAGGCCUUUUGAUAUGGCUGAGAAAUUCUGGAGCGGAAGCAACGUAUGGAAAACUGCGUGAAGCGCUCGAUUCGCCUCACGUGGGUCGUUCUCAUUUGCUGGAACAAAUUCCUGUUAACAUUGUUUAGAAUAAAUGCAGCAGCGCCAGAGGGUCAUAAAAAGUUUACAAAUUUGCUUUGUAGAUUUAUGUUAGACGCAACUUCGAACAGUAUACCGAUCAAUGUAGCGCGAAAAUGUUCUACUGGCAAGUGGACUGAAAGGCAAUGCUCUUACACAAGUCUGUCAGAGCUGUUGGUCCACCAACGGAUUUUUUGGGCGAAUAGUUGUGUUCAAUAGGCGGAAUUUUUUGUUUCUUUGCUUUGAAAUAUCCUUGCCCGAGACCGUGUUCGAAUUUUUUAGUUUUUAAAUUUUGUUCCAAAAUUGAGGUUUGUCUGAGAUAAACUCUCAGUUGGUAUUUUAAGUAUGUACUAAAUAGACCUCGAGUCUCACGAAUAACUUACGUGUGCAAUCGUCAUUGUUCAAGCUAAGAUCUCGUAUAUGGUAGAGUUGAAGAGUACAAGUUUUAGAGAAGUAGAGUGGUUACAAAGUAAAGUUCAAAUUAUAUUUUAAAAAUAUCUACUGCCAUAGUAUUAAGUGUCUGCUCUGGUUUUGAGACUUAUUACAUAGUGUAUGCAUGAUAUUAUAGUUGCAUAUAACGGCUCCUCUUUACUAUCGAAUCUUAUCGAUGAACAGUUUGUAUAUCUCAGUGACAGGUGGAUGAUAGUAAACACAUUGUUGUAACAUUUUGUUGAGGGAAUGUUUGUCUAUUGUUUCAACCACUGCUUAAUUAAAUUAAGUAUUUUACAAAGGUUUAUCGAAAAAACUAGUCAUUGACAGACCACUUCGGCAGAGCACAAUUGACAUUAUCAUUGCUUCACCUUAACAAACACUUAGAAAGGUUGUGCUCCAAAAAUACCUAGAUUUGUAUUUAACCUACUA